UAACAUACAACAACAACAACAAAAACAUUCAACUUCACUAGCUAUACUCUCAAACCGAUCAAAACCCACACCAAACAUACUUACUUAAACUCACUUCAAAAAUGGAAAAUAUAUUUAGCCUAAUGGCAAGUGAAGAAUAUCUAUCAGAAUGUCGGUGUAUUUGGGUCAACGGUCCGGUUAUCGUCGGAGCCGGUCCGUCCGGUUUAGCAACAGCAGCUUGUCUUCGUGAUCAAGGAGUCCCAUUCGUCGUGGUCGAAAGAUCAGACUGCAUAGCUUCACUAUGGCAAAAAAGAACAUACGACAGACUCAAGCUUCACUUGCCCAAGAAGUUUUGUCAAUUACCCAAAAUGCCCUUCCCUGAUCACUACCCUGAAUACCCAACAAAACGACAGUUCAUCGACUACCUUGAGUCCUACGCAAGUCAUUUCAAGAUUAAACCGGAGUUUAAUAACUCCGUCGAGUCUGCUCGGUUUGAUGAAACCAGCGGUUUGUGGCGGGUUAGGACGACUUCUGCCGGAGAGGAGAUGGAGUACAUUUGCAGGUGGUUAGUGGUGGCUACGGGUGAAAACGCCGAACAAGUUGUGCCAGAGAUAAACGGGCUUAAGACAGAGUUUAACGGAGAAGUGAUCCACGCUUGUGAGUAUAAGUCCGGCGAGAAGUUUAGAGGGAAGAGAGUUCUUGUCGUGGGAUGUGGAAACUCAGGCAUGGAAGUGUCUCUUGAUCUUGCUAAUCACAAUGCUAUUACUUCCAUGGUCGUUCGUAGCUCGGUUCAUGUGUUACCUAGAGAAGUUAUGGGAAAGUCAACAUUCGGAAUCUCAGUGAUGUUAAUGAAAUGGCUACCUCUAUGGCUAGUAGACAAGCUUAUACUGCUCUUAUCAUGGCUGGUUCUUGGAAGCUUAUCAAACUACGGGCUUAAGAGGCCCAACAUAGGCCCAAUGGAGCUGAAAAUCAAGACGGGGAAGACGCCGGUUCUUGACAUCGGUGCUCUAGAGAAGAUAAAGUCCGGCGACGUAGAAAUCGUCCCUGCGAUCAAACGGUUCUCACGAAGCCACGUGGAGCUCGUAGAUGGUCAGAAGCUAGAUAUUGACGCCGUGGUUCUCGCCACCGGUUAUCGCAGCAACGUCCCUUCUUGGCUUCAUGAAUGUGAGUUCUUUUCUAAGAACGGGUUCCCGAAAUCGCCGUUUCCAAACGCGUGGAAAGGGAAGUCGGGUUUAUAUGCGGCUGGAUUCACGAGGAAAGGGUUGGCCGGAGCAUCUGCGGACGCUGUUAACAUAGCUCAAGAUAUUGGUAAUGUGUGGAGAGAAGAGACUGAGCGACAGAAGAUGAGAAGAAAUGUAGGUCACCGCAGAUGUAUCUCAGUUGCUUGAGCUUCAAGUUACUAUGUUUAUUUGUAAAAAAAAAAAAGAUACUAAAAUGAAAGAUAGAGUCAAGAGAGCCCUCUCCUGAAGUCCCUGACAGUGUUUU